UGGACACCACUCGAAGUUGGAAACGAAUAUGGGAAAGCACACCUGAAAAAUUGACUCAAACAUCUUUUUCAGAUAACAUCUUGAAAGGGACAGAAGAAACACAAGGAAAUUAAACAAUCCAACUAUCACAUCAUAGUCCGAGAUAUAUAUAAUUUCUUGCUCUCAAAAUUUUUUUUCCAAUAUAGAACUCGCGUUUGCAUGGUUUUUCUUUUGGCUUGUUUCUUGGAAACAUUUCUGAACAAUCAAUUGCUUAAGGACAGGUGGUGGAAUUGCUGGGGAUUUUGGAUAUCAGACAGUGGAAGGUUCCCUCCCCUUAAAAUAUUGGACCUGCCUCUCUUGCGCCCUUUUAAAAGUCCUCCUCGAACUUUUCUGGGGCUGCCAUUACUGAGGAAGGUCUAUACGCUCCCUGAGUCAAACCGGCACUUCCAACCAACCUCCAUCUCAUGUGCUGACCGUUCCAGUGCUUGCCUGUUAAGCAUUCUUAGAUACUUGAGUUUUUUACUUUUUUACCCAAGUCUUUCUGGGGUACCUCCUUUGAACUCUUCGUGGAUUCAAGAAUCAAGAUUCUUUUCAAUUUUUCGUUACAUAAAGUAGGAAGAGUUAUUAGUUCAGUGUUCUUGGUAAACUUGGAGCCUUUUCUGAUCAUUUUGGGUGUCUGGGAUGCUGAAGUUAAUGCGGUGAGCUUUACUCAAGUUUAAAGCUUGAGAGCUUUGGAGGCCUUUACUCAGCCAUGUCAGACUAUGAUGUCUUGUAUCUGUAUAGAAAUAUGGGCGAGAAUCCUGUAUGGGGUCUGUUUAAGAACAUAAGAAAUGUUUUCAAGAAGGACGAGUUAGGAGUGGAAAUUGCACAGAUUGCAAUACCUGCAGCAAUGGCCUUAGCUGCUGACCCAAUUGCUUCUUUAGUUGAUACAGCUUUCAUUGGUCAUAUAGGUCCAGUGGAACUUGCGGCUGUAGGUGUCGCCAUUGCUGUAUUUAACCAAGCAUCAAAAAUUGCAAUAUUCCCACUCGUUAGUGUGACAACUUCUUUUGUUGCUGAAGAAGAUGCUACUAAAAGUUUGAGCAUUGAUUCACAAGAAAUUGAAAUAGUGGAGAAUGGUUUUGCUGCAGAUGGCGAAAAGGAAGAGUUGCUACCGAAAGUGGAAUUGAGUAGCAAAUCAUUCAGCAGUAGCCAAGGGAAGGUGGUUGAUGGUAGGCGGAACAGCAGGCAUAACUCUUCUGCUUCAUCAGCAUUGCUCAUAGGUUGUAUACUUGGUAUCAUCCAAGCAAUUUUCCUCAUUUUUGCUGCAAAACCCUUGUUAAACUACAUGGGUGUAGAAUCUAAUUCACCUAUGCUGAACCCAGCCCAAAAGUACUUAAUAGUGAGGUCACUUGGCGCUCCAGCUGUCCUCCUUUCCUUGGCCAUGCAGGGUGUCUUUCGUGGAUUCAAGGAUACAAAAACCCCUCUUUAUGCAACCAUGAUUGGAGAUCUGACAAACAUAAUUCUGGACCCAAUAUUCAUUUUCCUGUUUGGUUUAGGUGUUACUGGUGCAGCCGUUGCCCAUGUUAUCUCCCAGUACUUUAUUUCCCUAAUACUUAUGUGGAGAUUAAUGAGUGAAGUAGAUCUUUUAGCCCCUAGUAUCAAAGAUCUGCAGUUGGGUCGGUUUCUUAAGAAUGGAUUUCUGCUAUUAUUGAGAGUCAUAGCAGCAACAUUCUGCGUAACCUUGGCAGCUUCAUUGGCUGCAAGGGUGGGAUCAACAUCGAUGGCUGCUUUCCAGGUCUGCUUGCAGGUUUGGCUGGCAACCUCAUUACUUGCUGAUGGAUUAGCCGUAUCGGGACAAGCCAUUCUUGCCAGUGCAUUUGCAAAAAAUGACUACGAGAGAGCCACAACUACUGCCUCUCGUGUCUUACAGUUGGGAUUGGUACUUGGGCUGGUUCUUUCACUCAUUGUCAUUGUUAUACUGAAAUAUGCAUCAACAAUUUUCACAGCAGAUAUAAAUGUUCUCCAUCUUUUAAGUUUGGGCAUCCCGUUUGUUGUAGUGACGCAGCCAAUUAACUCUGUGGCCUUUGUUUUUGAUGGAAUAAACUAUGGAGCAUCUGAUUUUUCUUAUUCUGCCUACUCCAUGAUUUCUGUGGCAGCAGUGAGUAUAAUACUCUUGCUACUGCUGUCCUCGAGAUUUGGUUUUGUUGGUAUAUGGCUUGCAUUAUCUAUCUUCAUGAGUUUGCGGGCGUUAGCUGGAUUUUGGAGGAUAGGAACCAGAACAGGACCUUGGCGCUAUCUCCGGGGAUAAUUUCUGCUGAUUAUAGCUGGAUUUGCACCACCUCAUUUUUCUUGGUUUUGGAAGAAUUCCUGCCAUCAUUUAGGAAUAUGUGGCUGAUAAUAUUAGAUGGCCAUAAUAUUAGUAGGUAUAAAUCACUACUUUCAUUCCUUGUUGUAUCAAUAGCAUCUUGAGAGCUGUAUGAGGCAAAUGAUAUCCAUAUGAUCAAUGUGUUUGUAAAACUGCCAAAAGCCAAAAAAAGCAAAUAACAAAAAAAAAAAAAGAAGAAGGAAAUGGAGGAGGAAAAAUUAGGUUAGAUUUUCUU